CCCGACCCUGAGCCUGGUCCCCGACCCCCUGGAGCCUGGUCCCCGACUCCCUGGAGCCUGGUCCCCGACUCCCCUGAGGGAUCAGGGUAGUCACACUGUCGCCGUGUGUAACAAGCUAACAACACUGUGUGUGCAGUAUACGACAAGAGCUGAUUCAGUGAGCCUGUUUACAGCAGUUACUGUGUCACCUUUACUAUGGUCAGGUUUAAGAAAAGAUAUUGUGUUGUGGAACUGGUGGCAGAAAACUGUGUAUACUUUGGCCGGGAUGGACUUCAGAAGGCUGUUGUUGAGGCAGUCAAGAGACUUCAUGGUGAUUUUGGUGUUUCUGCAACAACUCCUGGCUUCCAUGUUAAAUACUUCAACAUUAAAACACGUAUAGCGUUUGUGAGUGUAGGUCGUGGUCCACAUCAGCUAGUGGCCUCAGCACUCCCUCUCAUCACCCAGAUAGGGGGGCAGCCAGCAUCAGUACGCAUUAUACACCUGGCAGCUUCAAUGAGGCAUGGCUUUUUGUUUGUGAAGGAUACCAUGAGAAGAAGCUAAAGGCAUCACAAGUGAGCUGUAAGAAAGAGAUGGUGUAAAUCACCGUUUAAUUUUCCUAAUCUUUCUCUGUAAGAAGGAAAUUUUUAUUGUGUGUGUGGGGCCAUUGGGUUAAAGAACAUGUUCUACCACUGAACUAGUGUAAUAAAAUAAAUAUACCAUAAUGGUGCAUGGAGUAUGAUAACUACAGUACUUAGAAAUAGGAGCAGAGCUUAAGACUUUUAAUUUACUUUUGCCGGUUUCAAUGGUGGAGACAAUACAGUCAUCCUUAACAGAUGUGCUCUCAAAAAUCAGUAUACAUGUACAGUAUAAGACAAUAUACUUUUGUAAACUAUUGUUUUAAUGGAAAAUAAGGGAAGCAUUCCAUUGGUUAUGAACAGAGUAAAAGACAUUGCACUCCUGACAAAUUUACUUAUUCUUAUGUACAACUCAUAGCAAAUAUGAUGAAUGUAGUUCCACUAUUUACUCCAGUUCGACCAUAAUAAAGUUUUAUUGUUUAAA